AUGUCACUUGUAAAAACCAAAGGUAGGACCAGUAGAGAAAAUGAGAAAACCAACACAGGAAAGAAACCAAAGGAAAAAGGAGAAAAUAAUUGUUCCAAACCCCUUCCUGCUGCAGUGACCAAUGGAAAAGAAACAGUCGAAAAGGACAAGAAAGAAGAGGUCAGUGGCAAGGGGAAGACUAAACAGGGAGAGAGUAGCAAGAAAGGUAAAGAGCAGACCAAAGAACAGCCGAAAGAGGAGAAAGAUAAGAAAACAGUGAAUGGGAAAAGUCAGAAUGGUAGAUCAUCCCCUCAGAAGGAGAAAAGCGUGACAGCUAAUGGUGGUACGAAUAAAGCUAUCAAAUCUAAACCUGGAUCAAAAAUACCCCCAACCAAAGGAGGGAGGGCAGACACACCUACACCUAUAACAAAGCCUGUAAAAAAAAGAGGUGUCAUAGUGAGUGAAACAGAGGAGGAGCUUGAGGAAUCUGAGAGCGAAGGAGAGAGUUCAGUGGAGGAGAGCGAAGAAGAGGAGCCAGUAUGUAAAGAGGAGACAAUUGAGACAGAAGGGCUCGAGACAGAGGAGACACAGGAUAGCAGCGAAGAGGAGGUUGAGGUGUCAGACACGGAGAGAAGCACAGAGGGGCAGGUAAAGGAAGAAUCAGAAAAGGAAACUCCAGUGCAAAUCAGGAAACGAGGGGAACUUGAAGGGGAGCCAGUCAGUACCAGUGAGGAAGAGAAGGAGGAAGAGGAAGAAUCAGUGGCAGUGACCAGCGAUGGGGGUGAAUCUGAGAAGGUAACUUCAAGGAAAAGAGGGUCACCAAAGAAAUCUGCCGCUGUACCACUACUCAGUUUGACGACCAGCGUCACUGCACCGGCAGGGGGUCUGAAAUCCAAGAUGUUCAAGAAAAAAAAGGGCCAGGCUGAAGAGAAGGUUGACAAACCUGGGAAACCUGGGAAACCCACUAAAGCAGAGAAAAAGAAAGCAGAAAAAAAGAAAGGGAAAGUGAAACAGAAAGCCAGUCCAGCAGAGGAAGAAUCUCAGCCUCUGAAUGAUGUCUCCCUCAGCAAGGCUGACGCUGCAAAACACAAGGCCCAGAUCCUGAAGCUAGCCAAACAAACAAAAACCUCCAUCAAAGACAAGGAUGCUCCUUCUUCCCCAUUGGAGUCGCAGGAGGAUGAGGCUGCCUCAACUUCAUCCAAAGCCCCUAAAGGCCCGUCACGGAUGAUGCUAUUGAAAGCAAAAGGAAAUGACCUCAAAGCCUGUCUGGCCGAAGGAGAACAGGAACACGCGAAAGAGGAGCAACAAGAUGGCGAAGGAGAGGAAGCCAAACAGGGGAGCAGGAAAAACAUCGGCCUGGUCCUGGGCAGAGUCAAGAUGGCAUCUGUUCGACACAGGAGCAGUAAAAUGCUGGUAAAGCCUGGAGAGGAAGCAGCUACAGCCGGGUCUACAGAUGCAGUCUCAGCCAAACCCACGGACAGUCUCAUCACUCGUAGGAAAGGUGUGACGACUCUACGCCGCGUCUCGGGUUGGAUCAGGGGGAAGAUGCCCAAAGGGUUUAACCUGAGGAGUAAACUGAAAGUAGUGACCCAGGCCAUUGGCUUCUCCCGUUGGCUCCCUCUCCAUGCCAUCAAACAGAGGGAGGGAGCCACCGGCUCCAAACGCAGCCUGCUCAAACAUCGGAUGGCCAUGCGUGUGGCUAGUAAGACCAGCCUGGCCAGCAAGAAGAACCGAGCCUCUGGAAACGGAGCCGAAUAUAAGUCUGCUGUCACCCAGAAGAGGCAAGCGGGGGAGUCGGGUGACGACCCCCACUCCACCUCACCUCCAGCAGCCAUCGUGCUCCCCAGGAUGAACAAGCUGGGCAUGGGCAAGGCCAAAGGAAUCUUACCAGCCCAGCCAUCCCAGCCUGCUCAGCCAGCCUCCUCCUCCACCCCAGGCUCCAGCACUGCUGUGGGAGCCACCCUCGAAGCCCCCAAGCCCCCCAAACCAGGAGCCAGACUGGUACUCCCAGUCAAACCAGACCUCACCCUCCUCAAGUCCAUCAAGAAGCCUGUUCCUGUUGCAGCAUCAGAGAUGAGGAGGACUGGAAGUACAAACGGGAGCACAUCAGCACAGAGACCCACACCGGACACCAGCAACGAGGACAGGAAAAGGGAGGCGGCACUUGAAGGCAAUGAGGGUGUCAGCAUCCUCCAGGCAGCCAGGGGCAAACUGGGCAACAGUCAAUUCAAACUGACCAAGCUAUCCAAGCCUCUUGCUAGUACUGGAAUAGGUGUAGGACCCAGCCGGGGAACUAUAGUCCCAGACAGGGAGACAGGAGCUGGGUUUGCCAGACCCACCACUGAUGGUCCUGAGUCUGGAGAACCUGUCAGACUGACUGGAGAACCAGCCAGAGUUGAGUCUAGGGUGGGGUCGUACUAUGAAGAAGAGGCUGAUCGAGAGGUGGCCCAGCUGAUGGGAGAGAGGGGGCUGUCCCCUGUCGGCCCUCUGGAGGUGCACUGGGCUGGGACGACUCGUAUGAGCGGAGACCCCCAGGACUGGCUGCGAGCGGAUACCCUCCUGCCCCACCAGACAGUGGAGAAGCUGACCAAGUGGACGGUGUAUGAGGAUGGGGACCAGGCCAGGACGGUACCGACCCACAAUGGGAGAGGACCCUGGGAAUCUGAGGACCCUGCUCAGGAUAUGCUGGAGAGCCGCCUCAACAACACAAAGGUACUGAUGCCAGGGACUGACCAGGCUGUGGAGGUGGACGAGGUGGAGGAUCUAUCCCAGCUUGAGGAGGUGUGUGAGAGCUCUGUGCUGCUGAAUCUGAAGAAGAGGUUUCACCGUGACUCCAUCUACACGUACAUAGGUAACAUGCUGCUGUCACUUAACCCCUUCAAGCCCCUUAGCCUCUACACAGAGGACCUCCGACAGCAAUACCAGGGCAAGGAGCAGCAACGCAACCCUCCCCAUGUCUAUGCCAUCGCUGAUGCAGCCUUCAGCCAAUCUCAGAGCUCACCACAAGAACAGUGCAUCUGUAUUCUGUCUUUCUACAGUGGUCAGAGUGGAUCAGGUAAGACUGAGGCCACCAAGCUUAUAGUCCACUACCUCAGCUCCAUGUACCAAGGCAGGAACGACAACCUCAGACAGCCCAUGGAGGUGCUGCCGAUCCUAGAGAGCUUUGGUAAUGCCAAGACCAUCCUCAACAACAACUCCAGUCGCUUUGGCAAAUACCUUCACAUCCACAUUCUACAUGGUGUGGUGGUGGGGACUUCGCUGUCAAAGUACCUUCUUGAGAAGUCACGCGUUGUCUUCCAGGCCAAUGAGGAGAGGAACUACCAUGUGUUCUAUGAGCUGCUGGCGGGGAUGAACGACUGGGAUAAACAGGAGGUCUAUCUGCAGGGAGCAGAGACAUACUACUACCUCAACCAAGGCGGGUCCUGUGAGCUGAAGGGGAAGCUGGACAAACAGGACUUCCUGUUGUUGGUCCAGUGCUUUGAGACGAUUGGUCUACAUGCCGACCAGAUCUCCACAGUCUGGGCCAUCCUCUCCUCCAUACUACAGCUGGGGAAUAUCUGCUUCAGUUCCUACGAGAGUGAGUCGUUUGAGGUGGCCCGUAUCUUCAGUGAGGCAGAAGCCAAGAGAGUAGGUUCUCUGUUAAAGGUGUCUUCAGAGGCCCUACAGACUGUCAUCACACACAAAGUCACGGAGACAACCUAUGACAGGAUCUACUGCCCCCUGUCUGUGGAAAGUGCCAUAGAAUCCAGAGAUGCCAUAGCCAAGGCCCUGUACUCUGUGUUGUUUGAUUGGCUGUUGGAACAGAUCAAUGAUUGGCUAAGCCCUACAGAGAUGGACAGCACCGUGGGCAUAGUGGACAUCUACGGCUUUGAGGACCUGGGAGUGAACAGCUUUGAACAGCUGUGUAUUAACUUUGCCAACGAGCAGCUGCAGCACUUUGUCAACAAGGCCGUGGUGACCCAGGAGCAGGAGGAGUACAGUACAGAGCAGAUCCAGUGGUAUCCCGUCCCUCUGCAGGACUUCAACUCCUGUCUAGACCUCAUCUCCUCCAGACCACAUGGUAUCCUCCGUAUACUGGAUGACCAGACCUGCCUGCCCCAGGCCACUGACCACACCUUCCUCCAAAAGUGCCACUAUCACCAUGGGAACAACCCAUACUACACCAAGCCCAAGAUCCCUCUGCCUGUCUUCACUGUGUAUCACUACGCCGGAGCUGUCACAUACCAGGUCCAUAACUUUCUGAAUAAGAACCAUGAUCAGUUCCGUACAGAGGUUGUUGAGCUGUUUGCUAGGAGUAGACUGAAGAUGGUGUCAGGGCUGUUCCGUAAGGUGCAGGAUAAUUACCUGCAGCAGAGAGAGUUGGGCUGGAGGGGUAAAGGUCACAGGCAACAGCCCUCCACGGUGGCAGCACACUUCCAACAGUCCCUGACCGAGCUCACCACACGACUAGAGAGGUGUAAAACCACCUUUAUACGAUGUUUCAAGCCAAAUUAUGUCAAGCUUCCCGGUAUCUUUGAUGUGGACUAUGUGUCAACCCAGCUGAGGCACGUUGGGAUACUUGAGACCAUCACCAUCAGGAAGGAGGGAUUCCCCAUCCGCAUCCCCUUCUCCUUCUUUAUGGAGAGGUAUGGAAUCCUCCUGGUGGAGCGACCAGCCACCAUGUCUGACAAGGAGCAGACCGUGGCUUUGCUGAACUUUGUAGGGGCUGAUGAGGGACAGUACCAGCUAGGGCUCACUAAGGUGUUUCUGAAGGAGGUGCUGUACCAACGUGUGGAGGACAAGUGGAGCAGCACUCAGAACUGGGCUGCGGUUACCAUCCAGAGGAACAUCAGAGGGUUCAUUUGCAGACGCAACUUUAGGUUCUUCAAACAGAAGGCCAUUGUCAUCCAGAGCCACAUACGAGGACAUCAGGCCAGGAAGUAUUACAAGCGCCUGAGACUGUCCUUCACUCAGUUCUGGGCUGCUAUGAUGAUCACUAGGAACACUAUCAAGAGACGACAGUGGAGGGAACAAGAGAGGAACGAGAGUAGCACGGUGAAGCCCAACACCACCACAACCACUGAGACUGAAGACCCCUCCUCCACAGGAAUGGAUGUGGGAAUGUUGGAGAUCCCAGCUGAGCUGUCGGCCAGACUACGCAGCGCAGCAGGGCGGCAGCAUGUCUCUGGGGUAACAGAGGUGGCGCCUCCACAGGUGAAAGCAGAACACACCCUCACCAUGCCCCUCGAUAUAGACUGCUACCCCUUCUCACGAUAUGCCAAAACUACACUGAAGGAUGGCUGGUGUCAGCCACAGGGCUACUCCCUCCAGCGACCUCUGACCUAUCUGGAGCCUGAGGACGCUUGCAUCGCUCUGGAGAUCUACAAACUGAUCCUGCGCUUUUCAGGGGAAAGUGAUCUGAGUGGCUGGCAGGAGCAGCUGUUGGGAAACUACAUCGUGGAGCAGGGCCUUACCAGACCCCCCCUGAGGGAUGAGAUCCUAGCCCAGAUAGCCUACACCACCUGGGGCAGGGAGUCAGAGGAGGGGUCCCUACGGAGCUGGUUGUUACUAGCCUGCUGCCUCAGUGCCUUCACCCCCUCCCCAGCCCUUGACAAACCCUUGCUCAAGUAUGUGUCUGACAAGGGUCCAGGUGAAUAUCGUUCUCUGUGCCAGCACAAACUCCUCACCUCCCUCCAUCUACCCUCUCCCACCUCCCGCCUCCAUCCCCCCUCCCAGCUUGAGUGGACAACCAAUCAGAGGAGAGGAAAGAUGGUGUUGGACAUACACACCUUCAACGAGGAAAAGAUUACAGCUGAGGUAGAGUCCUGGACCACAGGAGAGCAGCUGGCCUCAUGGCUGCUCCACUUCAGAGGGUUAUCUGACACUCCUCGGGGCUGGUCUGUGUCUCUGCUAGCUGAUGAGGGCUGGUCUGAUCUGGCUGGAUGUGACUUUGUCAUGGACCUGUUGGCUGGAGCAGAGACUGAUACAACACUGGGGACUGCACACACACACUCUGACUACCUGUUCAACAACGAGGGAAACCGGAGGAUGACAACAGAUCUCGAUGGGUUCAUCCCCCCGGCCCCCUCCAUGCAGGCCCCUGGUCUCCCCCAGCAGGAAGGGGCCCCAUGGGAUCGCAGCGACUACCAGCCAUCAGAGGGUUCUCGUGGUCGUCAGAUGGAUGCCUAUCUGGAUGACCUCUUUGACCCAGUGCUGGACCAGGGACCAGGGGACCGGGAGCGUAUGGCCAUGUUGAACAGGAGGAUGAGAGGAGGAGGAGGGAUGUAUGGAGCAGGUGUUCCAAUGACAAUGCCAGGUUAUUCUAUGGGAAUGCCUGUGAACCCUGCCAUGCAAGGCUAUGGGGCUCAGAUGAUGCCAAGUAUGAUGCCAGCUGCUCCCAUGCCUAUGAUGCCAACCAUGAUGAUGCCCCAGCCAGCUGCACCAGCCGUGGACCCCCAGCAGAUAGCAGUGCAGCAGCAGGCUUUCAUCAACCAACAGGCCCUGCUCAUGGCCCAGCAGAUGACAAUGCAGGCCAUGACUAUGUCCCAGCAGCAGAGACAGGAGCAGAGACAGGAGCAGCAGGAGAGACAGCAGCAGAGGCGCCAGGCUAACCGAACUGUCACACCCCCCCGCGCCCCAUCACCGCCACCCCCACCCCCACCCCCGGCACACACAAAUCCCCCCGCCCCAUCACCACUAUGCACUCCCAGCCAGAUGAAACCACAGCCACAGAUACAGCACCAUAUACCCGAGCCGGAGAAGGAUGUGGACUUUGCCAGUCCAGACCAGCGCAAGUCUUUCAAUGAGAAGAGAGCGUUUUUCCAGAAGAUUGGUUCUCAGCCCAAGCCAGCAGCCAAACCGUUAAAGCCUCGCCCUGCUCCCAUCAGCCCCCCCAAACAGACCCGUUCCCGCUCCCCCUCCCCACCCCCAGCCCCCAGGACUUUGCAACCUCCCCCCUCUCCUCCUGCCAGAGACCCAGCCCCCCCCAGCCCCCCUGCCUCCCCGCCCCCGCCCACCACCAGCAUCCGUGACAUCAUCAAACAAUACCAGAGCCGCCCUGCCAGUGAUCCCAAACCCUACGAGCCCGUCAGGGUUCCAGGCCUGUCGUUUGUGAAGAAGAAUGAUCCUAAAGAGGAGGCCUUGGCAAUCCUCAUGAAUAAAGGACCUGUACAACAGCAGAAGAGAAAGUGGGCCCCCCCUCCCCCAGUCCAGAGGGAGCCCCCCCAAGCAUGGCAACCCUCUCCUCCUUCCACCAGAGGGCCUCGCUCAAUCUCCAACAGCAUGAAGCAGAAACAGCGUUCCCUGGCCGACCUCUUUGGCACACAGGGUCGUUCCAAGAACCUUCCGCUUGCUCCCCCAGAGUCCGCCCCUCCUUCUCCCCCAGCCAUCUAUGAAAGCUUGCCAGACCCUCCUGCCAAGGCUGCCCCCACACUCAAUCUGCUGUCUAGGGAGGAGAGUGUUCGCUCACAGUUCCACAGGUUCUCUGCCAGCGUCUACUUUUCCUACUCUGCCAUGCCUGGCAAACUGUUCCUACGCAAAGAGGUAUUUUACCCCAGAGAGAGGUUCAACCACCCCUACAUCCUCAAACUCCUUUGUGAGCAGAUCAUGAGAGACACAUACUCUGACACCUGUGUGAGGAUCACCAGAGAGGAUAGGAGAAAAAUGAAGGAUUUACUAGGUGAUUUCCAUGUGGGCACCAAUAUCAGCUCGGUUCAGGACGACACCAUGAAGAAGAGGAUAGUGAUGGCUGCCAGAGACAACUGGGAAAACUACUUCACACGACUGUUCCCUGUCAAAGGUGGUACCAGCGGGGACACCCAGCUGUUGGGUGUGUCUCAUCGUGGGAUUCGUCUGAUGAAGGUGGCCAGAGCAUCAGGCAUAAACCCCAAACACCUGCGCCUGCUCCGCAGCUACAGCUAUGCAGAGCUGCUGUCGGUGGAACUGCGGUCUGCAGACAUAGUGGAAUUCAGUCUAAAGGGAGAACAGCUGCAGCUGCAGAGCAACAGGGCUGCACAGAUUACUGCCAUGGUCAGCGUGUUCCACCAAGAACUCAUCAAUGGCUCGGAUCAUAUGAUUGCUCUGAAGAGCUUUGUGACCGACGACAAGAGCCUGCUCAACUUCCGCAAGGGUGACAUCAUCAAACUGCUGCCCAUGGAUGGCCUCCAGCCAGGUUGGUGUUUCGGUUCUAUUGGGGGGCGCUCCGGUCUCUUCCCCAUCGAUGUCACUCAGCCGUCUGCCCCUCCUGACUACCACCACGUCCACCUUGACCGCCUCGACGAGAGGAGGAAGAGCAUGAGAGCUCCCAAGCCCCCCGCUGCCACCAGACCCCCAGCUUCCAGGCGCACUCUCCACACCGGCUCAGCACAGCCCAACCGAGAGGGCUCCAUGCUGGGGUCAGCUCAUACGGUCAAAUUAUCGGUCCAGGGCUCGGUCCAGGACGGUGAGAUGAGGGAGGUGCAGACGUUCCUGAUGACAGAAUUUGCCAUGAAACACUUCAGAGACACUGCUACCAGAAUGGAGGUUAGAGGUCUGCCUAAUGGAGGUAGAAACUUCUCAGAGAUUCUUCAGCACACAGAGGUUCCUAUUCAGGAAUCCCUCAUCCUGUACAAUGAUCCUGAGCUCAAUGGCCUGGCUGUCCAGGCCUUCCUGAGUUUAAUGCAGUUCAUGGGAGACCAGCCUCUCGGGAAGCACAAGUCUGAGGGAGACUGUGUCAGACAUGUCUUGAUGUUAGGGAAAGAGAAGGAGUUCCUGAGAGAUGAGAUUUACUGCCAGUUGAUCAAACAGACCACAAACAACACACACAGGGAGAGCUGUACCCGAGGUUGGCGUCUGUUGAACCUGGUAGCAGGGUUCUUCCCCUGCUCUGGCACUCUGAACCGCUACGUCACAUGCCUUCUACAAAACAUCAGCCAAGACCCCACACACCUCUACCAAGAGCUGUCUCAAAACUGUAAGGACAAUCUGUUCCAGUCUCUGAUCCACGGAGGGCGCAGACACAUCCCCUCUCACGCAGAGAUGGAAGCCAUACUGGCUGGCAGACAUUCUCGUCGGUUCCCCAUCAAGCUGCCAGGUGGAGUGGAGUUCCUCUGUAAGAUACGCAGCUUCAGCGUCGCUCUGGAGGUGGUGGAAGAGCUGUGUACAGAGAUGGGCAUCCAGGACCCGUCAGAAGUUAAGGAGUUCUCUAUCCAUGCCAGCCGGGACAAGGAUGAGCUGGUGCGGCCUCUCCACCCUGAUGAGUACCUGUUUGACUUCCUAUUGGAUGAUGGCUCCAUCUUCCUGUCCUUCCACCGCGUCAUGUGGACACACCCACUUCACUUCGACAACGACCUCUACCUGGAGUUCCACUUCCAACAGGUCCUGGGUAACUACCUGGAUGGCAAACUGCUGCUGCCAGGCAGUGGUGCCAAUGUCGUCCAGCAGAUGGCAGAGCUGGCUGUCCUGCAGCACCUGGCACAGGGCCUCACUCAAGAGCCCUCUGUGCCUGAACUGAAGGAGUACCUCCCCCGACAGGAAGGGGGCAGCACCAACCUGGAGCAGAUCCAAUCGAUCUCCUUCAGAGAGAUGACCGCCAAGCUGUCCCUCAGCCCCCACGAUGCCAAAUCCCGCUUCCUCGAAUGCCUGAGCUCCCUGCCUCUGUUCGGCUCUAAUAUCUUCCUGGCUCAGAAGGUCAGCCAUCGCAGCUGCCCCUCGCCUUGCCUGGUGGCUGUCAACCAAGAAGGGGUGUUGUUCUGCCAUCCCAAUAUGCAGGAGCCGAUAUUUGUGAUCCCAUUGGUGGAAGUGCAGUCACUGCGCUCAGUUAAACCAAAGAAAGACAAGAAGGUGCCUGGAGUGGAGAUCAACUAUGGCAACCCAGGACUCCUAAAAACCAUCACCAUCCACCUCAAACAGGCCAAGAAGCUGUGCCACAUCCUUGCUGUCAUCAUGGAGGAGCUGGUGAGACCACCCAUCAAUAGCUCUGUCUCCAGCCACAACCACUAGACACACACACACACACACACACACACACACGCACACACACACACACACACGCACACAGAGAGAGACACACACACACAGACACACACCUGCAGUUGGAUAGGAAAUGAGUUCUACAACUUGCAAUUAUUGAUUCAUAUAAGCAAUGAAAGCUAAUCACUUUCCACAUCUUCCAUUCCUUCUCCUGUGUCACUGAUACUCCAGUUGGUGAUUGAUGAAAUUGGUUGAGAAAUGAAUUCUAUCCACUGCAGGUUUCAUUUUCUAAAUUUCCUAACAAACACACGCAAACACACACUCUGAGAGAGGGAGCCUAUUGAUCCCUGCACUGAUAAAUAUCAAAACAAAUCAAUGCCUUCAGAUUUGUAUCUAAAACAUUUAGUUAUCAAAACAAAUCACAGCCUUUGAAUACCAAUGAAUGUCCAAAUUUGAAUAUUGCUUUGUACGUUAGGUUUCUAUAUAACCAAUUUAUCAAUGUGAAGAUCUAUUUGUAGUACAUAUUUUUGCAAUUUAAAGAGAAUGAUUUUGUAGAUGGAUGAAACUGUUCUUGUUUACUUUGUGCAUAACUAUUAAAAAGCUGUCUUGAUGAA